AUGUUGUCACUUCUUCCAACUGAAGCAGCCAGUAGUAAUACUCAUCAUCAUCACCUUCAUCAUACUCAAUCAUCUUUGGAAAUAAGGGAAGACGAUUAUUCUAUUCAUUCCGAUUAUGAUCCUCUUUCAACCGGAAGGGAAUCAUUUGUAAAUAACAUCAACAAUAUUGAGGAAGAAAUUGGAGAAUCCUUAGACACUAUCAGUAGUAACAGUGGUAGUGAGGAAUUAUUCUUUGGAAUGGAACCAACCUCAACACAGAAUAAUCAGCAUCAUCAUGAUCCUUCUAGUCAUGGAUCGUUUCCAGCUGAUGUUGAGGAGGAAAUUGAAGUAUUGCCGGGGGAGGAGGAUGACGAUGAUUCAGAUAAAGAUUUGAAUUCGUCUGAAGAAAGAGGAAGGAGAUCAAAUAUGAGAAUCAAAACACAUGACAUGAAUUAUUCAGUAGAUGAUUACUUCAAAUCAUUAAAUGGCAAGCUUCCUUCUCCAACAUCACUUCCGAAUCUAAACGAUACAAUUGAGGAAUCUCUUGCUAGUGAUGAUUCCAAUGAAAAUACUCCAAAGAAAGCAACAUCAUCAAUUAUAUACAAGAAGAGAUUUCCAGUGCCAAUUUCUGAACCAGUCUUUUCUCCUCGAAAGGAUCGUCUUCUCAAACAUUGUUCAACUUUCUACUUUCAUCCAGAAACAGCUCAAUGUUCCCAUGAUUCCCAGCUCGUUUCACCAAAGGAGUACUCUUCAUUCCUCUCUCGUCAUUCAGAUUUCAACUCUUCACCGAGUAGUUAUAACAUCAAUAGUCCCCAACAGCAACAAUCAGCUGCUCUAAUCACACACAGUAGUGUCUACACAACUUGGAGUGACGGUAGCAAUAGCAUCGGGAGCUUUAAAACCAACUCUGCCACUACUGCAAUGAACAACACUACAGUGAAAGACUCAACGAUCGAACCAUCAGAGGAAAACCCCAACCGAACAAUUUCUCAUCUUCCUUCAGUGAGCCUUUCCAAUGUUAAGAACCUCACGGAACGACAAAAAAAUUUACUAUACUCUAUAAAGGUUGCUAAGGUUGUUAAGGAGAGUAAUCAUCACUCGACCACUAACAACAAUUGUAACAAGGACCUUAAUCAUCAACAUCAUCAUUCUCAACAAUCAACGGUUAAUAGUAAUAGUGAAAAGUCUCCUGUUACCGUAUCAAAAAAAUUAGGUUUAUCAGAAUUUACAGUUGCUAAUAAUAAUAAUAGCAACAAUAAGAAUCCAUCAUCAAAUUAUCGCAUUAAGGAGGAAAUUCUAGCACAAUUAUCAUCUCCUUUGAAGAGGAAGUUGAAAAAGGAGGAUAUAUUUGAUUCUACUGUGCAACCAUUAACAUCAUUUAGAAGUGACGAAGGAAGAGAAGUAUCUGCUGUUGAGGAGUGGAUUGCCUUUCAAAAGCAGAGAAUUACUGAGGACGAUAAUAUUGAGGAUACAACUGGAGAAGGAAUUUUUGAAUUUACACAAGUGAAGGAUUCAUCAUUGCGAACAUCAACAAUUAUUGGAGAGGACGAGCAAGAAAACAACAACAUGACUAGUAAUUCACUGAGUCCCCCAUUUCACUUGAUCAAGAGGAGUUCCAACAAGACAAUGCAAUUAAUUUCAUCAGAUAUUCCUAUUGUACAUAAUGCUUCAUCUACUGCCUUGUUUGCUAACAUUCCACCAAUCUUGAAACCACUUCAACUCUCACAGGCUAGUUCGGCCCAAUUAGAAAAGAAACAACAUCAAGUGGUGAGGAAUUCCAUUCAACAAUUUCGUUCAAAUAAGCAUGCUCUCCACACUGUUCCGAAACCAACAGUUUCAAAGAGUCAAAUUGUUCCACCAAGUGCCAAAACAUCAGCACGACCCAUGGUGGCACAACCAUCCCCCAAUCUAGUAAUACCAAAUCAGCACGUCGAAGAUGUUAAACCAGUGAGAAGAAAGAAUGUACCUGUAAUUAAUGUUCCUCAAAUUAAGAUUACCGAAAAGAUGCAAACCUAUGCUUCGUUGCAUCAACUCAAAUCACCAUCGAAUCACAAACAACAAGAUUAUGAACUGGCAGCUGAUUCAGUAUUUGUCGUCGUGUCUGGUGAUGUUCUCAAUGAAAUUCGAGAAAAGAAUGAAAAAGUUGAGAGAAAGAGACCUUACGAGAUUAUAUACUUUGAUAAGAGUUUAUCAAGAGUGAAACAAGUUGUUCCAUGUGGAUCAUUUACAAUUUUUGUUGCGGAAGGUAAAGAAACUGAAAGAGUGUUUGUAAUAUAUAAGGAAAACCCACUCCUUCAUCCAACCAAAAAGGUUGAAAAUGUAUAUAACAAGUACUUUACCUUUUGCAAUUCAAAUUUUCAUCCACAACUGAGAGAAGUUGACUACAAAACUCUUAUCAGGACUGAGUUUGAGAAGAAUAACGUAAAUCUAGAUCCAUAUGUAUUGCAAGAUCCAAAAAGUUUGGAAUUGACUGAGGUUUAUGGAACACAAGAUGCAUUCAUGCUCAAAAUGAGGAAUAAUUUCUGUAUCUUUAUACAUUUUGCAGAAACUGCGGAAAAGGUUAAAAUAUCCUUCUUUGAAGAGUAUGCAGGAGGAACCAUUGAUUGGAUUGAAACAAAUCCCUGCUCCAAUACCUUACUCUUGUACGGUCACGCAAGAGGGAGAACCAAUUACCUGUUGGAUAUAAUGGUAUUGGAUCCAGAGCCGAGGAGAAGAAAGUUGCAACUUCCACCAGAAAUAUCUCAAAACAAUAUAAGGAUUAUUCGAGUAGGAUUACACAGAAUUAUUAUAGUGACCAAUGACAAUCAAUUGUACAUACAUAGAAGCGAGAAGAAAGGAUCUGAAACAUCUGAAAAUUUUGAACUGUUUGAUAAGGUUUGGGAAGCUCCUAUCAGGCAAGUGAGAUGUGGAGGCUAUCACAAUGUGGUUCUGCUCCAGAAUGGUAAUAUUUAUGCGUGGGGUUUCAAUAACCACUACCAAUGUGGAAUUUAUGAAAAUGUUAAAAACAAGAUCCCUAUGGUACCUAUCACUCUCUUAAAUCAACCCAAGACGAUGGAUGGAGAAAUAACAGAUAUUCAAGCAUCUUAUCUCACUACGAGUGUGAUAACAACAAAUGGAGUGUGGACAAUAGGAGACAUGACCGCAAAAUUGAAUACCUAUGUCAAAUCAACAGAUGGUUUAAAGUAUAGCAUCAUUCCAUUUGCCAAGUUUAACUUUUUACUGAAUGCCAUGUGGAGCUCGGGAGACCAUCUUGUCUUGUUCAAUCACAGUGAAAAUCAUGAAGGUAUACAGGGCUACUUCUCUAAGAAUUUGAGUAAGAUGCUACACAUCGAAUCUAGUCAAGAUGAAAAGAGUAAAAGACAAUGA